UUCGUACUGCCAUUUUAGGUAAGGUUGAAAAAAGGCAACAAGACUAAAUUAUCACCUCUUUUUUCUUUUCUAUACUCAGAUAAUCUAUUAAUGUAAAAACAAUUUGGCUCAGAUUAGGCUAUAUUAGCUUGUUAGCAACAUGUACUACGCUUGCGCCAAUCGCCAUUUUACAGCACAAGUUUCUAUAAGGUUGCGACGAAAGGAUUUGAAGUUAGCAAGACGACAAUAAUGUUGUUGUAUUUCUCUCAAUGUUAUGCGAACGUGUCCGUAAGUUGUUGAUUUCUGUUUGAGCAACAUUUGUCUCAGCGUCACUCCGAAGCUUCUCGGGCUAGCUUAGCUUGUUAGCUUAGCUGGCUAGCUGCUGAGAAAGAGACAAAGCGGAAGUGAUCGACACGUCGCUAAGUGUGCGUGUAAAGUGUGAAAAUGUGCAAAGUAGAAAUGCUGAGAGUGUUGGUGAAGCAGCGACUAACUGCUGCUGUGGAAGAAAUAUUUGUAGUGUUAGAAAGAACGAUAGCAGAAUACGAGGAGGAACUUUCUAGAACAAAAGAGGAGAACGAGCGACAACGUCAACUACUGGACGCUCUUUUCAACAAACGUCAGGAUGAACAACACGCAGCAGAAAUGGCGACGACAACAGAUUUUCAGGUCCAGCCCUUCAUGGACCAUCCAGAGUCUGAGGAACAAGGAACUUCUAGACCAGGCCUGGAAAUCAAGCACCUCAAAGGAGCUGCAGACGUCCAGCACAUUAAAGAUGAAGGAGGAGAGCAUCUUGAAGGAGGGGAGGCGUUCCCAGUGGUCGGUGUCCCUGUGAAGAGUGAAGAAGAUGAGGUCAGAGGUGAAAGUGAGGGGAAGAGAGAGGCGGAGCCUCCAAGCAGCAGCUCGACACAACACGUGACAACAGGAGGUGAUGGUGGAGGAUCUCAAGCGGACUUUGCUCCGCUGUCAGACAGUGAGGACACAACGCCACGCUGCCUUGAAAGUGACGAGGAAGACUCGAGAGCUGGCACGACUUGUCACGCUGACAACACACGCUGGAAACACACAACGCCACGCUGCCUUGAAAGUGACGAGGAAGACUCGAAAGCUGGCGCGACUUGUCACGCUGACAACACACGCUGGAAACAUUUUACCUGCUCUGUGUGUGAAAAAACCUUUUACGAUAGAAGCAACCUGAAAAGACACAUGAGAAGUCACACAGGGGAGAAACCGUUUUCCUGCUCGGUUUGUGGCAAAACGUUUGCCUACAAGGGAAACCUGACGACACACACAAGGACACACACAGGAGAGAAACCUUUUUCCUGUGCAAUGUGCAACACGCGUUUCGGUGACCAUUCGGUACUGAUCCGGCACAUGAGAAGACACACGGGUGAGAAACCUUAUACCUGCUCCGUGUGCGGCAAGGCUUUCCUGGUGAAGGGGUCUUUGACGGCGCACGCAAGAACGCACAGCGGAGAGAAACCGUUCACGUGCUCAAUUUGCGGCAAAAACUUCUCCCAAAAGUCCCACUUGAGGACGCACGCCAGAACGCACGGCGGGGGGGGGACGUAUUCCUGCUCAGUCUGCGGUGCAAGUUUUGAACUCCACUCUGCUUUGUUUUGGCACAUGACAACUCACAAUGCACACUGACAUCUCCAACAAGUGGAGAGCAAAAUAACAACGGAAGAAAUAAGCCUUCGACAAACUUAGACAGGUAAGCACUUUGAUGCUGAAAAGAAACUUUAUUAGUGUCGCUUGGUCCAGUACUUUUUUGGAAGUGUUACUAGUAGUUUGGAAGUUGUGAGAGGAAGAGAACUGUGACAUUAAUAAUGAGCCUUGCGAGUUGUCCCUCGCCACUAGGGGAGCUCCAGAGCAGUGUUUUUCAACCUUUUUUUUUAACCAAGGCACAUUUUUUGCGUUGAAAAAACGCGGAGGCACACCACCAGCAGACAUCAUUCAACAAUGAAACUCAGUUGACAGUAAAAAGUCACAAUUGUUGGAUAUGACUUUAAAGCAUAACCAAGCAUGCAUCACUAUAGCUCUUGUCUCAAAGUAGGUGUACUGUCACCACCUGUCACAUCACACCCUGACUUAUUUGGACUUAUUGCUGUUUUCCUGUGUGUAGUGUUUUACUUCUUGUCUUGCGCUCCUAUUUUGGUGGCUUUUUCUCUUUUUUUGUGUAUUUUCCUGUAGCAGUUUCAUGUCUUCCUUUGAGCGAUAUUUCCCGCAUCUACUUUGUUUUAGCAAUCAAGAAUAUUUCACUUGUUUUUAUCCUUCUUUGUGGGGACAUUGUUGAUUGUCAUGUCACGUUCGGAUGGACUUUGUGGACGCCGUCUUUGCUCCGCAGUAAGUCUUUGCUGUCGUCCAGCAUUCUGUUUUUGGUUACUUAGUGGCCAGUUCAGUUUUAGUCUGGUUCUGCAUAGCCUUCCCUAAGCUUCAAUGCCUUUUCCUAGGGGCACUCACCUUUUGUUUAUUUUUGGUUUAAGCAUUAGACACCUUUUUACCUGCACGCUGCCUCCCGCUGUUUCCCACAUCUACAAAGCAAUGAGCUACCUGCUGCCACCUACUGAUAUGGAAGAGUAUUACACGGUUACUCUGCCCAGCUCUAGACAGCACCGACACUCAACAACAACACAUCAUUUGCAGACUAUAAUUACUGCUUUGCAAAAAACAUUUUUAACCCAAAUAGGUGGAAUUACAUCAUCUCCCACGGCACACCAGACUAUGUGGUUGAAAAACACUGCCCCAGAGCAUGUGUGAGGUGUCCCCAGGAUUCAAAAUAAAUGUGAAAGCAGGCAUUGUAGCAGCAGGAAAAAUGGUUAUGUGUAUAAUUGGUGGGUCCAAAGUCAUUCCAAAAAGCGACUUAAUUUAAUAAUAAACGGCACAGAAGUAGAUGAGCAGUGUGGAUAUAAAUUAUAUUUUAUCUAAGUGAAGCCUCGCUAGUGCAAAAUAGGAUCAAGUGAAAAUGGCCACAUUGAUGCUUGUAUGGAAACACAAAAUUAAAUCGGAAAAAUAACAGCAAACUUUGUAACAUCGAAUCUUAUCCUUGGAUGGAGUAAGAAAUAUUGAGCCAUUCUCUUGUCGCCAAUUUACUAAAUAAACGUAAAUAAUCUCUGUGUGGGUUCCCUCCCUUCCUCCCACCUCCAAAGACAUGCACCUGGGGAUAGGCCCCUCCCACCUCCGAAGACAUGCACCUGGGGAUAGGCCCCCUCCCACCUGCAAAAACAUGCACCUGGGGAUAGGCCCCUCCCACCUCCAAAGACAUGCACCUGGGGAUAGGCCCCUCCCACCUCCAAAGACAUGCACCUGGAGAUAGGCCCCUCUCACCUCCAAAGACAUGCACCUGGGGAUAGGCCCCUCCCACCUCCAAAUACAUGCACCUGGGGAUAGGCCCCUCCCACCU